CCCCCUUUUCCUUCCAAACCCCAUUCUCUAACCUCUAUCCUCUCUCUACUCUUCUCCCUUCUCGUCUCUUAUUUUGGGCAAAAAAAAUUUGAAUUUAUUCUUCUUCAUACUUUGAUUUUUGAAAUACCCAAGAAAAUCCCAAAAUAUGGCAACAAUUACAGCAUCUUUAGAGCGAUCACUUCAAAAUUGCUCGUUAAAUCAAACAACAAGAAGCCGCCGUGGAAACGGUGGCGGCAGCGGCGGUUUAGGGCGGUCGUCAUCGUCAGAUUCACCGGAAAAUUAUCAUUAUAACAUAAAUCAAAGCCGAAAUAACAGUAGAAGACCAAUAAAUGAUGACGUUGUUGCUCAAUCAAAUGUUGCAUCUUCUUCAGAUGAUAAUUCCACUUUUGUAGAGCUUAAUUCCCAUGUUUCUCUACCUUACCAUUGGGAGCAAUGCCUUGAUUUGAAGACAGGGGAGAUAUAUUACAUAAAUUGGAGUAACGGGAUGAAAGCAAAAGAAGAUCCAAGAACAACAGGUUACAAUGGUGAUUACUCAUCAGAAGAUGAUGAUGAUGAAGAUGAUGAUGAUGAUGAAGAAGAAGAAGAAAGCAACUGUUAUGAUGAUAGUGGAGGAUCAUCAACUGAAUCAUCACCAUGUUCAAGCAGCACAAAAAAAGAGAGUUUCAGAUCAAUUAAGAAACACCAACAUUUGAACCAAGACUCAGUGUUAGUGGUAGCAGGUUGCAAAAGCUGCUUAAUGUAUUACAUGGUGCCCAAACAUGUGGAAGACUGCCCCAAAUGUUCUGGUCAGCUUCUUCACUUUGCUGCCAAUAAUUCCUCCCCUUAGAUUCUCCAUAACAAAAAAAUAAUUACUGUCCUAUUUGUUUUGGUAAAGGGGAAAUGAUGCAAAAAGACAUCAUGGGUUAAUUAGUCCUUAAUACUCCCUCAGUCCGGAAUUAGUUGUCUUCGUAAUAAUAUUCCUUCUGUUCCUUUGAAUUUUUGGCUUAGUAAAUUUAAAGGAACGGAAAAGAAGUAUGAUUAUAAAACUAGUAAUGUGACAAAUAAAUCCGGACCGAGGUAGUACAUUUUUCUCAACUUGAGAUUUUUUUUUUUUUUUUUUCUUUUUAGUUUAUAGUUUUGGAAAUUGAUGCUUGGGUUAGGGAGUGUUGUUAAAUUUGUCUGUUUGAUAAUUAAUGGAAGAAGAGGAAUGAAGAAGGAAAUUAAGUGUGUUUGAUGAAUUGGGUAGAAAGAAGAAAGAGAAGAAGAGAGAGUGGGUAGUGGUGUUGGUGGAUGAAUGGUUGAUUUCUUGAUGUUGACAUUCUCUAGCUUUGUUCUCUUUGUUCUUUCUCUUAUCUCCCAUCUCAUGCCCACAUUAAUAUUAAUUGUUUUUCUUUUUAAUUUUAAUUUAAUUCCAUUUUGUCUAGUCUUUUUCUGUUUUUCAUUUGUCUCUUUUUCUUUCUGAAUUUCCCUUCCACUUUGAAGUAUAAUAUGUAACAUUGUUUGAUUCUCUCUACUAAAACAUGCCUAAUUGUUGUGAUUA